ACUGAUGGGGGUCUUCAAUUUGUUCAAAGUUUUGAUUUUUCUGAAAAAUAUUUAUCUGGGUCUUCACUUUUCUGUCAUGAUCGUGUUGUUUUUGUUUUAUUUUGUUUUUAAUUAUUGUUUUUGUGUAGUUUUCAUGAACACGAUUUUCCCCUUUUCUGCUAUAGAGGAACUGUUUUUGCUGUUGUUGAGGCAACCUUUUCGUGUUUGUUGCUGCAUGUGCGGUUUGUUAUUUAUUGGAAGGGGACGGGUUUAGUAGUGACGUGUGCAUUCUGACAUUGUAAUUUUUUCCUCUGUUAUGGAUUGUGUAUUUCUCUUAUCUUCUUCUUUGCUUUUUGGGUCUUCAUUUGAUGAUCACGUUAUUGUUACCCCAAGGGAUUGGAAUUUAGGACCUUUUGUUGUAUUCCUUGGAAUAGUAAGAGACUAUGCUAUAAAUAGCCUUUUGGUAAUAUGUUGGUAAUGAUUUCUGUUUAAAUCUUUUUGUAACUGAAGUCAAAUUAUAACCUUUUUUCUCCCUGAUAUCUAAGUAUAGAUGUUCAUUUGAUUGAGGAACUUCCAAAUGACACAGUUUUUUCUUCUCAGGAUGUUCUAUUAUGGCAAUAUGUGGGUGCAUGUAAAUUGCAGAUGAUAAUUUUUUGGUAUGAUUUAGACGGAUAAUAAUAAGGUUCUCUGAGCUUUGUUGACAGUAGGCUGGUAUUUAAGGUUGUCCCUAUUUCCUUGGGCCUUCAGAGAUAAUUUUUAUGCUAAUGCAAAUUGGGGCUGUAUCUAGUACAUUUCCCAGUAUACUUUCUCAAACCAUGAAAAAGUUAAAGGUUAUUUUGCAUGAUGUGAUUGACAUUGACAAUGAUGAUGAUUCUGAGGAUGUAAUGAUAAUUGGUGAAAAAGUUAAUAGCAGUAACAAAGGGAAGGCAAUUGAUGCUGUUCAUGGUGAUCUCCAAGUUGUGAAUAUGUCUGAUUAUCCCUUUUCGGUCCCUGAUGUGGAAAAAUUUGGAUCAGUUGGCGGGAUUGCGUCUCCUAAUAAUCUCCCUUCAGUGUCAAAUAAUGUAAUCAAUGUUGAUGGUCAUGGCUCUGAUCUUUCAUAUGAUGAUGAUGACUAUGUUGAUAUUUUGUCGGCAGAAGAUUAUAUGGAUGCAGAUGAGUAUACCUUAUUACAGAAACAUUUUGAUCAUGUGGAUAUACCUCCUGGAAUUGAAGCACCUUUUACUUGGUUGCCACCAGGAUAUGAUGUAGGUUUUAAGAAGACUGGAAAUAGUAUGUUUUAUCCUUGGGAUCAUGUGCAAUCAAAUGCUGCAUUAAGUUCCAUGACACCCUCUUCCCAGCCUUCUAUGUCAUUAGAUCCAACUAACUCUAAAAUUCAAGCAGCUUCAAUGGGUGGUACUAACAUUCAAAUCAAAAUGGAUGAUGUUGAUUACUCCUCUGGAAUAGAAUUGUCUUCUCAAAUUUUUUCUCAAUCUGCCCCUUCUAAGAAGAAAUCAGCUACUUCAAAACCCAGAGGACGUACUUCAAAUGCUUCAGUAGGAGUAGAAUCAUCUAAGUCUCACUGGUUUUCAGGGUCUUUCCAUAGCAAAAAGAAGUCUGCUUCAGCAUACCUUAGUUUAUUUGACUCUGUGGUGGCUGAUAAGCUGCCACAUGCAGGUCAGCCAUCAAAUGGGGGGCAAUUUAAAAAUGCAAUGAUGGCAGAUGGCAGUAGUGUUUCCUCCCAUUCAAAUUUCAUUGGACAUGGAUCAUCGCAUGCUUGGGGAACAGAUGCAGGAAAAUCUUGGUGGAAAAUUUCUCAAAAUGAUAAAUCAUUUUCUACUCAUAAUAAAAAAAUUUCUAAUAAUAUUUACUAUCCAUUUGAUCCUCUUGUUACCCAAACUGAGCAUGGUUUUGAUAACUCGGUUCCCAAUUCUGCUGGAGAUGGAUUUCAUGGAAAAGCAGUGGAUGGCCCUAUUGUUACAAUUUCGGAUGAUGCCAGAGAUGAAAUUAUGAGGAAAUUUCGAAGUUUUAAACAAUUUGAUACUGUUGAGGACACUUCAGAUCAUUACUUCAUCCGUAACAGUUCUUCAACGAAACGGCCUCCCAAGAACUGGGCCAAAAAAAUCCAGGAAGAGUGGAAGAUUUUACAGAAGGAUUUGCCAGAUUCAAUAUUUGUGAGAGUGUAUGAGUCAAACAUGGAUCUUCUGAGGGCUGUGAUUAUUGGAGCUGAAGGGACUCCAUAUCAUGAUGGCCUAUUCUUUUUUGAUGUUUUCUUUCCCAGUGGCUAUCCCAAUGUACCACCGCAAGUGCAUUACUACUCUGGAGGUCUGCGGCUAAACCCAAAUUUGUAUCAUUGUGGCAAAGUAUGCCUUAGUCUGCUGAACACCUGGAGCGGCAGCAAAAAUGAGAAGUGGCUUCCCGGCACGUCAACGAUUCUACAGGUUCUGGUCUCCAUACAGGGUCUAAUUCUGAAUACAAAGCCUUACUUUAAUGAACCUGGAUUUGCACACAUGAGUGGUUCAGCAAGUGGUGAAAAGCUGUCCUUUCAGUAUAAUGAGGACACAUUCAUUCUAUCAUUGAGGACAAUGAUGUAUAUGAUACGAAGGCCUCCAAAGAAUUUUGAGGAUUUUGUUAAGGGGCAUUUCUGCAGCAGAGCCAGUGAUAUUCUGGUGGCAUGUAAGGCAUACAUGGAAGGUGCUCAAGUUGGGUGUUUGGCCAAAGGAGGUGUUCAGGACGUUGAUGAGGGAGACAGAAGCUGCUCACAAAAGUUCAAGCAUUCUUUAGCUGGAUAUAUGAACAUGCUUGUCAGAGAGUUUGCUCAAACUGGAGCAAAGGACAUUGAGAAAUUCCUACCUCCACCACCACCAACAGUAGCAGUGAACAAACCAUCAGGAGUGGUGUUGCUUGAGGCUGCAACCUGAACUGAACAUUCUCUUGGAUAAACCAAAUUUUGAGGCUUCACUGAUACACACACCGAAACUUCUUAGUACUUCUAUUUCACCUAAUGACACUUUUCUGUUUAAUGUUAUAUACUUUUACUAUCGUUAUCUGCUCUUGUUUUCAUGAACAUAGAAUUGUAUAUAAUUGCAAAUAAAAAUAUAAUGCCUUGCUAGUAUGA